AAAUGUAUUAUCGGUCACACAAAUGACAAUCAUUUACAACAUAUGCCAUGGAUUUAAGUCUUAAAAUUGGGAUUAACUUUGAAUAAGACAUGGAAUACAAGAGCGGAUCCAUUGCUUACUCGUUGAAGAAAUAUUCAAGUGAUUUGUUCAUUGGUUUAUUGAAUCAAAUCAAUGGUCAAAAAGACUUGAUAUUAAGUCCACAAUUGAUUCCCAUUUUUGAUUUGAUGUUUGGAUUCACUCUUUUGAAAACUCCCUCCACUUCUAAGAAAGUCUGUUUUGUGAUUGAGUCCACUCUAACGGACACUCAGAUGGUGGCCAACGCUAUCAAUGCCGACAAACGAAGAGGUGCUGAAGAUAUUGAGUAUUGGAUUGUAUUUGUUCCCAAAAAGAUCCAAAUCUGUGACGAAUGUCUUGAGAGGGAAGGCGUUUACCAAUACAUCACUCUUUUGAACUAUCCUUUAGGUCUCAUUCCUCUAGACAUCGAUCUCUUCUCAUUAGAGUUUCCGGACUUUUAUGCCAAUAGUUUUUUAUUUGGAGACCAGUGUGGACUCAGUCGCAUAAACCAGAGUUUAAGUCAAUUGCAAGGACUCGUUGGUCUUAUAUCCAGAGCUUAUAUUAAAGGCAAAUACGCGACCAUUGUUUCUGACUAUUUGACUCAAACGUCGUCCGAGUCGGCCAACUCCCUGUCCACCGGAUUUAUUUCAGAUCUAAUUCUCGUGGAUCGCGACGAAGACUAUGUCUCUGUCCUAAUGUCUCAAUUGAAUUAUAUGGGAAUCCAAAUCUGUGACGAAUGUCUUGAGAGGGAAGGCGUUUACCAAUACAUCACUCUUUUGAACUAUCCUUUAGGUCUCAUUCCUCUAGACGUCGAUCUCUUCUCAUUAGAGUUUCCGGACUUUUAUGCCAAUAGUUUUUUAUUUGGAGACCAGUGUGGACUCAGUCGCAUAAACCAGAGUUUAAGUCAAUUGCAAGGACUCGUUGGUCUUAUACCCAGAGCUUAUAUUAAAGGCAAAUACGCGACCAUUGUUUCUGACUAUUUGACUCAAACGUCGUCCGAGUCGGCCAACUCUCUGUCCACCGGAUUUAUUUCAGAUCUAAUUCUCGUCGAUCGCGACGAAGACUAUGUCUCUGUCCUAAUGUCUCAAUUGAAUUAUAUGGGAGAAAAGUGGAAUUUGGUGCCGAAGUAACAAAAAAUAAUGAUAAAACUGGUGCCAAACAUAAUCUCUUAGCUGAUCCAAUCUUCGCCGAUAUAAAAGACAUGUCAUUUUCAUCAGUGUUUUUAAGUCUCAAAGAAAAGGGUCAGAAAAUCAGAGAUAUUUAUAACCGAAGCCAUAAUAUGAAUAUAACUGAUAUGAAGGCAUUUGUGUCAAAUCAAUUGAAAGGAUUACAAAAUCAACACAAAGCACUUGUUUUACACAUCGGCGCCUGUGAGACAAUAAUGGAAAAUAAAAAAGCUGUCAAUUUUCCGGAACAGUUGACUGUUGAACGCAAUCUCAUCGAAGGCGUGGACUCCAAAACGUGUCUUCAGUUUAUUGAAGAGGGAAUUAUUCGACAAUUUGGUCCAAUUGUCUCCUUAAGACUUAUUUGUUUAUAUUCUAUAACUCAAUCAGGAAUUUCAUCUAAAGAUUAUAAGAAUCUACUGAAACUAUAUCUGCAAAGCUAUGGACAUAAACACAUUCUCACGUUUUUUAAUCUCAAAAAAUUGGGUUUAAUUGUCGAGAAUUCAGGACCAAAUGUGUCGAACCUUAACAAUCCUCUGAUGGCCUCAAAUAUGAUGUCAUUCUUGCGCUCAAAUGAAUCAAUUCGUAGGUUUCGACAAACGGUUAAGAAAUUAAAUUUAAUUCCACAAAUAACUGGAGACUAUUAUGACGUCCGCAACCCUAAGGACUGCGCCUAUGUUUUUGGCGGCGCUUUCAUUCCAGUCAUCACUCGGUUCACUGAAUUAGUGUCCGAUUCCAAGA